AUGUUAGGGGCUAGUGAGAGUAGGAACCAGCCACAUGCGGCUGAGGUGCGGGCCGGGCCAGGGCGCGCGGCAACAGUCAACAAUGACAAUGUCCGUGCCACUACCGGAACCGCCGCCGUGCAGCAACAGAGGGCUAGUAGAUCACGUAAAGCUAGCCUAGGCCUAGACGAAGAGGAGCCUGAUGAUCCUAUGUUUCUUGCCCUCAAAAACUUCAUACAGAAGAUGUUUGAAAAACAAGAGAAGAUUAUUACUGAGAGGGUAGAUAGAGUUAUGGCGCUGAUUGCAGAGUUUGAGCAGAAUUUAAAAAAAAGUUUUGAUGAUUUAAGCAGAUUAGAAGAGAAGACGAACUCUAUUCAGAAUGAAAUUGAAGAUCUAAGGACGUCCUUGGAAUGUGAGAGACAAUACAACAGAAGCAAGAAUGUCAUCAUCACAAGUGUUCCACAGAACGAGAGGGAAGAUGUCGGGGAGAUCGUCAUCAAGCUGCUGAAAAAAAUGGAUUUCGAUAUCAAGAAAGAAGAAUUUACAGCUCACAGACUUCCAGGAAAGAAUGGUCAGGCUCCAAUCAUCCUACAGUGCUCCACAAGAGGUACCAGAGACAAUAUAGUUCGUUUAGCUAGGAAGAUUAAGCCUAGAUUAUCAAUGCUUAGCAGAGUGGAUCAAGACAAAGCUAUCUACUUCAAUGAUCAUUUAACACCCUACUUUGCUAACAUGAUGAUCCAGGCUAAAAGAGUGAAAGCUGAAAAUGAAUUCAAAUACCUAUGGCUAAAUGGCAAUCGAAUCAUGAUGAGAAAAGACCACACAAGUAGAGCGUUUAAAAUUGAAAAGUUGAGCGAUCUUAAGAAAAUAACAUCUUGA